AUGCUCAGCAAGCUAGUGUUCAGUAAGCAGACGGCGGUGAUCGUGCUUCUGCUCGGUCUGGUGUGGCCUGCUGCUAUUCGCGUUCUGUCCUCACCGGUGACAAUCAUACUCCUCUUGCCUGUUUUUGCUCUUCUCGCAGCUGUUACAUUCUUAGGAUUGAACCUGCUCUUUGGAUACGCACUGGACGCCACCAGACCUGCCGUACACAAUGCUCUUCCAGCUGCCGCGCGACCACUCGCGUUUUCUACCCCCGCGGCCUGGCAAGCCGUAUUGACACGGUCGCAGUGGACCUACAAGUCUCCACAAUCUCUGGCACCUCUCUACCCGGAGUCACCUGCUAUAUCAUCCGCGCUAAAUGAUAUACUAAUCAUGAUUGUGAGAGAUUUCGUGUUGGUCUGGUACAAGGAGUUGUCGUCGUCACCGUCGUUUCCUACCGCCGUAUCUUCAAUUCUACACAGUUCAAUAGAACAGCUAUUGGCGAGACUGGCUACGUUGGACCUUCCUGCAUUCAUCGUUAGACGAAUAUUGCCCAAGGUCACGGCUCACAUCGAGCAGUUUCGACAAUCAGAAGUAGCGCUUCGCGGGGCAGGCCUUGAACGUAGGUUGACACAAUCUGAGGAGCUGGACUUAUUAUUGGCGAGCCGUUAUGCCGGCAGAGGAGGAGGAAAGCUACAUCCUGCCGUUGACAAUCUUUCGUCAACCUUUACAAGACAGACAGAGGAGAAUCAUUUGCGGGGUCUCAUAGACAAAGCCCUUCCUUCAAUACUGCCAGAAAAAGAAGCCCGCAGUCACGCUAUCAAAGUAGUUGUCAGAGAGAUCCUCGCAUGUAGCGUGUUCUAUCCUGUCAUGGACAUGCUUGCGGACCCCGACUAUUGGAACCGUUCAAUCGACCAGAUUGCGGGAGCUGCCAUCCGCCAGCAGAAACUGGUAUCGAAAGUACGGAAUAUCUUGGAGGCGCAGCUUCCUCGUCCACACAGCCGUGUCCCGGGUCGUGGUCCAUCGACCACAGAAACGAUUACGAUCCGCACAGACCCGCGCCAGUUUGAAUCCUUCCUCAGGAGUAUUAAUCGUUGUUCUUCCUUGCUGGAUGCCCGAAGACUAAAGAACGAUGUCAUGGGUGAAAUCAGGCGAACUAGAACGUUGCUUGCGAAUCAUGAGAACGAGGACUGGAUAAACGGACAGAAAACGGAGGAUAUAGUAGCAUUUCUCGACAGACUUUACACGGCCAAGCGCAGAGUCGAGAAAAGAAUCGUGGUGCUCGGCGGCGAAUCUGACACGCGACAGUCUGUCUAUCAAGACGCGGACAGGACGACUUCUCGCUUAGCUCUGCGCGACAUCCUCACGAACCCCAGCUCGCUCUCGUAUUUUAUGGAGUUCAUGGAUCGUCGGCAUCGUUCUUUACUGGUGCAGUUUUGGCUUACAGUGGAAAGUUUCAAGAACCCUCUGGAGUCUGUCGACUCGGGGAGUUCUGAUGAGGACGAUGCAGUUCUGGACCCUUCGCCAUCUGCAACACUCAAAGAAGAUAUUUCGAUGAUGAAUGAGCUGUAUUUUUCGAAUGCCAAUCUUGAUCCCGCCUUGGCGUUCAUCUCCCAGAAACACGUCAAUACCAUACGCUCCUUUGGGAUCGAUACGGAAGCCCCGACUCCGACUGCUGAAAGGAAGGUGCGUCGGAGCGUGCUACUCGCGCAGAGACAAGUCGAGCAAGACAUGGAGCAGGAUUUCGAGGAUUUUCAGCGGUCAGAACUGUGGUUCCGUGUCAUUGGCGACAUCGAAGCCAACGGAUUGAAGAGCGACGAUCAACCGCCACUCUCGAGGACCUCGUCUGAGAUCGCACAAGCGCCAUGGAGAUCUGUGCGAGAUAGGUCUCGUACAGGUCUGGCGCGGUCGGAAUCGUCGCCGUUGCUGACGUCGACCCAUCACCCUGCACGUUCUGCACCCUCUCUACUGAUGGGACCUGAGGACUCUCUACCUCGAUCUUCGGCUACAAAUCUAGAAUUACUCGUGUCUCCUGUUCACGACUCCCCUUCGCCGUCGAGCUCUCGUGCUCCACUCUUCGACGAACCCGAAGAAGGGAGUCUGCCAGGGCUCAAUGAGGAGGCUCAACGGAUAGAGGCGAUCCAGGCGGCUUUGACGGAUAUCAUUGCUUUGGAUAAUCAGCAUGACGAACCUCAAGGUAGAGGCUCAGCUGAUGCUCUCAGCCUACAGGGUUCCGGAAUGAAUGUAAGCCGUAUAUCUGAGGACGGAAAGCGGAGGAGAGUCUUCGACGACGACAUCGACGAUGAGGAGGACAGGCCGGAUGAUGAUAACGAGAAACCGCAUGGAUCUUUCCAGCUUGCUGGCCCUGGUGAUUUACAUCUCUCUCAUGAGAUCGCACGAUUGGCGAGCAAGAUUGCGAACUCGCAGUCGCAAGAUUUCAUGCUGGACUCCCUGAUCAAGAAGGCCGAAUUGACUGGGGAUGCGCAAGAGCUCCGUCUUCUACGCCGGUCAAAAUCGACACUCACACGGGAGCUACGCGAGCUGACAUUCCAGAAGACCCAGUACGAGCAGCAGGAAUCUGCCAAUCGCCUACUCUCUGACCGAACCAAAGUAGCCAUCGUCAAUUCCACCAUGAGCGAAGAAGACAGCAAGUCUGUCGUCCGUUAUCUCAUUGAGAUCCAGCAGCUCGCGCAGGACGGUAGCUUUACGUCCGGAUGGGUUGUCGCUCGGCGUUAUAGCGAGUUCCUCAGUAUGCACAACAAGCUGCGAGAGCGCUAUGCUCUGGUGCGGAACCUCGACUUUCCGGGAAAACGCCUGGUUACCUCUCUCUCUGGAAGUUUUAUCGAUACUCGACGUAUUGCUCUGGAGAAAUAUAUGCAGAGCCUCAUAGCGAUCGCCGCGGUGUGCGAGAGUGACGAGCUGCGAGUCUUCUUGUCGCGUGAUUCGCCCUUCAUAGCUUCGGAUUCUGCAUCUCAGAGCUCAAAGUCUCCGACCGCUUUUCCGGGGAAGGACCUUGUCCGCACAAUGUACCACUCCGUUGCUGAGAGUAUCGAUGACAUGUUCUUUGGCCCAUCUAUGUUGGAUGUCAUGAUCCAGCGUCUCACUACCCAAGCGGCCGAGUUUGCCGGAAUUGUUGGGACAGGGGUACAUGACGAGGAUCUCGUUGCGCAAGCUCUGAAGGCAACUGGAAAGUCGACUUCCGAAGAGGCGAUCCUGCAGCUCUCUGGGGACUUGAAGCCGCUAGAAGGCGAGACGAGUAGUUCCAUGUUCUCUUCGCCUAUCUGCGACCUGGUACUGGCCGUGUUCGAGCUGGACAAGAAGAACAAUUGGUUGCGGAGACAGGCAAUUGUCAUCAUCCUGCAGCAGGUGCUUGGCGGGACCAUUGAGCGAAAAAUACGAGAAACAAUAAAGUCGACUCUAGACCAACCGCAUCUCAUGACCUUCAUCAAUAUGUUCCGAGACGGGUUCUGGGCUGGUGGACAGCUCAAGCCCGCAGGCAUACCGCGGUCGGCAGAGGAGAAACUGCACACCAGAGACGAAGCCAAUCGCAAACUAUCUGCGUUGAUGCCAGACUUGGUUGCCAAUAUGAUUGGACGGUCGAAUGCCCGACGCGGUGCGCGGAGAAUAUUCGCGGUGCUGCAGAACCGACGUCUCAACCAACAUCUUCUCUACACCAUCGCAGAUGAGAUAUUUGCUACUGUAUUCUCUGAAUCUUUGUCGUGA